AGUGAACAGGGGCCUUCCCAAGGAAUUAUGACCGUUCCCCAUCCACCACACACCUCUCGUCCCUAUGACCAUGACCUACUGUCCUGACUUUUUUAAAUUUAAAAUGCAUAUUAUGGCUUUCUAGCCGUUGGAACUGAGAAAAACACAGAAAGUUCUCUCAAAUCACUCCUCUAAUCUUCACCUUCCUCAUCAACAAAACCCUUUUCCUUCUGUGAAUCUAAAAUCCUUAUUUGAUUCGACCUUGUCCUGGACUAGUGGAGGUGAGAGGAAGAAACUGAAACUUGGAAGAAGAAGAAGAUAUGAAGGGUAUGAAGGGAAGAUGCCUAAAGAAAUUGAAAUCAAUUCAACCCCUCACUUCCUUGAAACCAGGUCGAAUUCUUCAGCUAAAUGUCUCAGAUGGGUUCUUAAAUUCAUUCCUUCCCAAUCCUCUCGACCGGGCACCUCAGAUUCCUCCACUCUGCAAAGAACAAGAUGACAAGAUCAAUCAAAGCAAUCUACCCAAGGUGGAGCAGAUGAAAGAUCUUGAAGAAGACGAGGAAAUGGAGUUGGGGGAAGAAGACGGUGGCGACAAGGAAAACAUCGGGCCCCCAGUGGCUGCCAUCAAGAAAAAUCAAAAUCCAGAGGCGGCACUCAUCGUCUCACCAGAGCCCGCAAGCUGUCAUCUUCGGAAUGGUCCCUUGUCGGAGCUCGACGUGUCAACUUUCCGGCAUCCAGACACUCCACCUGUCCAUCACAAUUCAGAAAUUCCAGAGUCUUCAGAGUCUGCAACACGUCCAGGUUCCUUGGCAGAGAUCGACAUCUCGUCUUUCCGUCGACCGGACUUGAAUUCAGGGAGCCUCUUUGAUCCCAAUCUUCUUGCAGCUUUUGAGCAGGCGGUGAUGGAUCACUUCAGAGCCCAAGAAGCACAGAGAAAAGCUAGAGCUACUGCAGUAAUGGAUACAAAAGAAAGAGAAGAUGAACCUGAACUUGAACCUCCAUCAAAAUCUCUCCGGACGGAAGACGAUCCCCUGUUGGAAUUCGAAGAGAAGUGCCCACCUGGGGGAAGCGACUCCGUGAUCCUUUACACGACAAGCCUUCGAGGGAUUAGGAAGACAUUUCAGAAUUGCAACAGCAUAAGGUUCCUGUUGGGAAGCUUCAGGAUUUUGUUCUAUGAGAGAGACGUGUCUAUGCACUUGGAGUUCAGGGAGGAAUUGUGGAGGAUUUUGGGAGGCAGAGUAGUCCCUCCAAGGUUGUUCAUAAAGGGUAGAUACAUUGGGGGAGCUGAUGAAGUAGUGGGCUUGCACGAGCAAGGAAAAUUGAAGCAGCUCUUCCAGGGAUUGCCGGUGGAUCAGACCGACGGCCCGUGUGAGGGGUGCGCCGGAGUACGAUUUGUGCUCUGCUUCAAUUGCAGCGGCAGUCGGAAAACCAUUCCAAAAGUGGGGGAUGGGGAGGAGGGGUUGCCCAUCAGAUGCCCUGAGUGCAAUGAGAAUGGAUUGAUUAUAUGCCCAUUGUGCUGCUGAUUUUUACUCCUUUGAUCUCACUCUGUUUCUUCUGUUUCCUUCUUCAGAACUUUUUUUUUUUAACACAAAUUAUUUCGAUUCUUUUGAGUUUGAAUCUUGGAGUUUGUGAGAAUUGCUGUUGUGUUCAUAUGUAUUAACUUCUGUCUAUAUAAAAUUUGGGGAUUAAGAACAA